CGAGCCCCUUUGACCUGUUCUCUUGUCUUCCAGUGAGCUGGUCCCCAUGGCCGAUCACAUGAUGAUGUCCCUGAGCCACGGAGCAAACGGGCUCCAGAACUACCGCCUGGGCAUGAAUGGGCUGCAGGGGCCCCCGCAGCACGGGCAGCACGUGUUACGGACUCUACCUGCCACCGGGCAGAUGAUGCAGUACGGCGGGGCCGGCAUGGACGGGGCCAUGAGAGCACGACCCAGCAUCAGCGGGCCCAUGGGCCACCACCAAAUGCCCAGCGCUAUGAUGUUCAGCAGCCCCAGCCAGCAGCAGCAGUACAUGGGAUCUGUGGGCACUCAGCAGCUCAUGGCCAGCAUGCACCUACAAAAACUCAACACUCAGUAUCAAGGCCACCCUCUGAUGGGCAUGAGCAAUGGUCCUAUGGGAGCAGGUGCACAGCAGUAUAGGGUGGGCCCCACCCAGCACCCUGGCAUGCAGCAUAUGCCCUCGCCGGCUCUGACUUUGAAUAUUAUGGACACUGAUCUCAUAGAUGAGGAGGUUUUGACAUCUCUAGUCUUGGAGCUGGGUUUGGACCGGAUUCAGGAGCUGCCUGAACUCUUCUUGGGACAAAACGAGUUUGACUUCAUUUCGGACUUCGUCAGCAAACAACAGCCCAGUGCCAUCAGCUGCUGAAGGGCUUCACAUUCAGUCCUUGUUCUUUUGUUGGUUUUGAUUUUUUUUUCCCCUCCCCCACCCCUUUCUUUCCCUUGCCCCCCCACAGUUCCUCCUCUUGCCCCUGUCCCUCCCAUGCUCCACCUCCUUAAACUUGACAGACAAUCAUUGGACAAUGAUGGCUUGCACUAGAUUGCUUGUAUUUUUUUUUUUUUUUUUUUCCCUGUGUGGGGGCAGCCUUUCUUGCUUUUAAGGGUGGGGAGAAGAAGGGGAAAGUGUUUUGAUGGACUAAAAUGCAGACUGAGUGGUCUUGGGUUUGUGUUUUUGUUUUUUUUGUUUUGUUUGUUUUUUUUUUGUUUUUUUGUUUUGUUUUUUUUUUAGUCGUCCCAAAUGGCAUUAAAAGGAUUUCUGUCUCCGGUAGAAACAAUGGACUUGUGACUUUCCGUAAUUAAGCUUCUAACUGCAGGAGGCAGAGGCACAGCUAGCUGGGUUUGCCUGAGCACUCUGAAUUGCCAGUGAAGUUGACAAAAUCAUCUCUGUGCCUGAGCUGCUGCUGUCUCACCUUGCAGAGAAGGGGUCCUUUGCAAAGUAGAAAGCUAACUGGCAACUCCUAGUUGCUACUGCCCCCUGCUGCUGAUGGCACAUAGCAGCACAUCACUGCUGAUUGACUUGGUGAUUUAAUGUACAGUACAGACAAAAAAAAAAAAAAAAUUUUUUUUUUCCUUCAAAUAAAAGCUAAAGCCUCAUCGAC